AUGGCGCGAAGCCCUCCAACACACCAACGGCAACCAACCCUGACCAGUAAUCUUGUCAUAGUUUGUUCCCAAUUCCUUGCACAAGGUGUUGAAGGGCCAUUCCACUUGAAGUGCUCAAAAGUCUCCUAUUCCCCUAGUGCUGCCACAUUCUGGUUCGAAUCUGUGUUACAGGGAUCUGUAACACCUACUAGAGCCCCAGCUCUCCCUACGCCUGCCCCCGCUCUGCUAGACUCCCCGCGCGGCGGUGCGCCGCCUGCGCCUAGAAAGACAGCGGUCUGGACCGCUAUGACCCCGCCCCCUGGCACUAUGACCCCGCCCCUGGCCUAG